AUUUUUUAUCCAGACGAGGAAAAAGGAAUGAAAGGAUUUCAAGUGCCAACAACAGAAUCAAACCAACAACCGUUCGAUUUAGCUGUAGUAGUAUCAUUUGGUCACUUUAUACCAAAAUCAGUAUUAUCACAAUUUAAAUAUGGUGGAUUAAAUAUGCAUCCAUCACUCUUACCUAGACAUAGAGGCGCCGCUCCAAUCUAUCAUACUAUUCUCAAAGACGACAAAGGAGCUGGUAUUUCAAUUAUCGAACUACAUCCAAAAAGAUUUGACUGUGGUAAAAUUUUAAGUCAAGUUAAACUAAACAAUUAUGAUAAUUCAAUACUCUAUAAUCAAUUAUUAAAUCAACUUUCAAAUUUAGGUACUGAAACAUUAAUGGAAACUCUUCAAGAUUUCCCAAACAAAUCCAUGAACUCUAUUGAUCAACCAGAGCAAGGUAAAACACUAGCUUCAAAGGUAAAUAAAGAUAUAUCAAAAGUUAACUGGGAAAACUCAACUCAAAAAGAAAUUUGGAUUCAUUAUAGAGCUUUCAGCGACAACAUUAGUUUACAAGGUAUGAUUUAUAAUAAGAAAUAUAAAACAAACAAAAGAAUCAAGUUUAGAAAAAUGUUACUUGGAAUUUAUGAAACUCACGAUUUAGAAAAUAAAACAAUUUACCAAUCAUUAAAAACAGACUUGGAAAGCUAUUAUAAUCGUUGUGGUGGUAAUUCUCAAAUUCCUUUUGGAACCUACUUUUUAGAACUGAUAAAUCAAAAUAAAAGCUAUUAUAAUCGUUGUGGUGGUAAUUUUCAAAUUCCUUUUGGAACCUACUUUUUAGAAACUGAUAAAUCAAAACCAUACUGCAAUAUGUUAUGGGUUAAAUGUAAAGAUAGUUGGGUUGGUUUUACUGAGGUAUAUGAAGAGGGCAAAAAGAAUGAUGUAAAAGCUCAGGAAUUUAUAUUUGGUAAAUAUACAGUUUCAAUUAAUAAUUAUAACUAUAAAUAA